AUGGCGAACUUAAGAAACACACAAGAAGAAGAACCGCCAGAUCCGCAAUUGAUGAGGUUGGAUAACAUGUUGAUUGCCGAAGGUGUUGCGGGACCCGAAAAAGGCGGUGGUGCGGGAGCCGCGGCUAGUGCCUCGGCUGCAGCCUCAGGAGGACCCGGCCAACCUGAUAACGCCAUCGAGCAUUCGGACUACAGAGCAAAACUCGCUCAAAUAAGAGCUAUCUAUCAUCAAGAAUUGGAAAAAUACGAGCAGGCAUGCAGCGAGUUCACGACCCACGUCAUGAAUUUACUCCGAGAACAAUCUAGAACGAGACCCAUAACUCCAAAAGAAAUAGAAAGAAUGGUCCAAAUAAUACAUAAAAAGUUUUCGUCAAUUCAAAUGCAACUUAAACAAAGUACUUGCGAAGCUGUUAUGAUUCUCAGAUCUAGGUUUUUAGACGCGAGGAGAAAACGACGCAAUUUUUCUAAGCAAGCGUCGGAAAUAUUAAAUGAAUAUUUCUACUCACAUUUAAGCAACCCUUACCCUUCGGAAGAAGCUAAAGAAGAAUUAGCAAGGAAGUGUGGCAUUACUGUAUCGCAGGUUUCAAAUUGGUUCGGAAAUAAACGGAUAAGGUACAAGAAAAAUAUAGGAAAAGCUCAAGAAGAAGCAAAUCUUUAUGCUGCCAAGAAAGCUGCUGGUGCUUCACCUUACAGUAUGGGACCUGCCUCUCAAGGUACUCCGACUCCCAUGAUGUCUCCCGCACCUCCUGGUGGCCAGGAUUCAAUGGGUUAUAAUAUGAACCUUAAUGGAGGAGAUUAUAGUUCUUCCAUGAGCAGUUCGCAGCCUCCGUAUUCCGACGGAGGUUUAGGAUAUGAUCCGAUGCAUCAGUAA